AUGGUGGAAGAGCAGGCAGAGCCUCAACCACUGCAGCAACCGGCUGUACAGAUCAUGCAAUCUGUAACAAUAACUCCAAUGCCAGAAUUUUGCCCAGAUGCAAAAAUCGGAACAAGCCUUUCGACAAGAUGGAACAAUUGGCAGUCAGACUUCGAAAUGUAUAUAACCGCAAGUGGAAUAACGGAUCCAAAGCGAAAACGUGCACUCUUGCUAUAUCAAGCCGGACCGAGAGUUCGCGAGAUUUUUAAACAAAUCCCCGAGACAGGAACUGAUACGGACUACGACAUCGCGAAACAGAAAUUAAAGGCUUACUUCGACCCUCAAAAGAAUCGGCGGUACGAAGUUUAUCGUUUUCGACAAACAACUCAAGAACACAAUGAGACAUUAGAUCAAUUUCACACCAGACUUAGAACAAUGUCAGAAACCUGUGAAUUCGCAGACGUUGAAUUUGAAAUCGAAGAACAAAUCAUUAUAGGCGGAAAUUCAUCAAAAAUACGAAAGCGAGCACUGCGUGAUCCUACAUUUGACUUAAAAUCAAUGCUUUUAGAAGGACGUCGUGACGAACAGAGCAAGUAUCAAGCUGAACAAAUUGAAUCUAAAGAACAAACUGACGGUGAGGCUAAUAAAUUAGAACAAAAACCUAAUAACG